AUGGCGAAGGUUUUCUUUUCCGAUCUCAAGGCUGGGCGGUGCUCAUCCGUUGUGGAGGCGAGACUACUUCGAUACUGGGAGGCUAGGAAUGUUAAGCGUGGUGGAGAGCUAAUGUGGAUGGAUCUGCUCAUGGUUAAUGUCAACUCGACUGUGAUGCAAGUCACGAUCAGUGCUGGCCGUCUCCCACAGUUCCUGGAACAGCUACAUGCCGGGACAAUGUUUUCCGUGUCCGGUUUUGAUGUCUCUAGAUGCGCGCAGAAUUUCCGGCUCACUGAUUCGUCUUUGAUGAUCCGGUUCAACGAGUCUACUUCAUUCCAAGAGUUGACCGAACCUGUCUCCCCCUUGCCAGAGGAAGCAUUCCGGUUCCGUAACCAUUCGGAGCUGAUUGGUCUUGCCAAUACAAACACUCAGCUACCAGGUAUGUUGAUCAUAACUGAAACGUCCUUAUAUGUUGUUGAUGCUCUGAGUACAUAG